GUCAAAAAACAAAACCAAAACCCCAAAAACGGAAAAACCAUAAAAAAGUUUGGAGCUUGGAGGCUCCACAAACGUAGUGAUUAGAUACUCUUUGCCACAAAGGUCCCCUGAGAAUAUUUUGUUCAGUGCUUCAAAAUAAAAUCUUAUGUUUAACUUGUUAAUUAAAAUAACAAACUCGAUAAAAAUCUAAAAAUGUCUAACGUUGAUUUGAAGCCCAUGCCUUUAAAACUAUACAAUGCGAUCGUUAAAGAUUUUAAUAAAACUACUUCAUUCAGUAGAAAAUCAGAAAAUGAGCUACGUAAGAAGUACAAAGAUGUACCACCCUCCACAAUGGGCAGCAUAAUUUCGUUACUUGUACAGAGAUCCAUGAAGCAAAGCUAUCGUAAGUCUCCAGUGAUAUCAAGUAAAUAUUAUGAGCUAUAUGAAGAACUGAUGAAAGAUAAAAAUCAAGGGGAUAUCAUACUUAAAUUAGCAGACAGUCAAGGCAUUAGUCCAGCAUUGUUUGCGCGAUCAUUGCUACAGAAUGUUUCACCUGAUUCUCUUGUAGUCAAAAAAUAUUUUAAAGACACAACAUUAAUUGAAAAUAAAGACUUGGCAUAUCAAGUGUUUUUGGGAAUAAUGAAUGACAAUCAGUAUGGUCCAUAUGCAGAUAUAAUAAAACAAUCUAUAGGAUUGGAAUAUGAACUAAGAUUGGAAAGAGAAUUGAGAAUGAUGAAUAUUUCAUUUUCUGAUGAAAAUUUACUGAGACUAAGAGGAUAUGACAAAACUCCUGAUUUCAAAUUAGAUGUUCCAAUUGCUGUUGAUAACUUUAUCAUCAACUGGGUAGAGAGCAAAGCCUUGUUUGGUGAUGAAGAAAACCAUUUAGGAUAUAUGAAGGAGCAGCUUAUGUGCUAUUGGAAUAGAUUUGGCCCUGGACUUGUAAUAUAUUGGUUUGGAUAUUUGGACACCUUGGAUUCUACACCAGAAGUGAAUAACAUGUUUAUUUUACGUACGAAAUUUCCAGACAAAUCAAGCAUAACACAGUAUAAAAUUGAUCUGUAACAUAAAGCUUUUGUUAUUUGAUA